AUGUAUCAGCAGAUGAUAGCUUCUAUUUUGUCCUUGGUCACUAAGAUUAACAACGUCAUUGACAACCUCAUCGUGGCACCUGGAAACUUUGAAGUGCAAAUUGAGGAAGUAAGGCAAGUGGGCUCGUAUAAAAAGGGCACCAUGACAACAGGACACAAUGUAGCCGACCUCGUGGUUAUCCUGAAGAUUUUACCCACCUUGGAAGCUGUCGCUGCCUUGGGAAACAAAGUAGUUGAGACUCUGCGUACACAGGACCCUUCUGAGGUACUGUCCAUGCUGACCAAUGAGACAGGAUUUGAGAUCAGCUCUGCCGAUGCCACUGUGAAAAUCCUCAUCACCACAGUUCCACCCAACCUGCGCAAAUUGGACCCAGAGCUCCACUUGGACAUCAAGGUUCUGCAAAGUGCUCUGGCAGCCAUUCGUCACGCUCGCUGGUUUGAGGAAAAUGCUUCUCAGUCAACUGUUAAAGUUUUGAUCCGCUUGUUAAAAGACCUGCGAGUCCGAUUCUCUGGAUUUGAGCCUCUCACGCCCUGGAUUCUAGAUCUGCUGGGACACUCUGCUGUGAUGAACAACCCCUCUAGGCAGCCCUUGCCACUCAACGUUGCUUACAGGCGCUGUCUUCAGAUGCUUGCCGCAGGUCUUUUCCUGCCAGGCUCUGUCGGAAUCACUGAUCCGUGUGAAAGCGGAAACUUCCGUGUGCACACUGUCAUGACCCUGGAGCAGCAGGACCUGGUGUGUUUCACAGCCCAAACACUGGUGAGGGUUCUCUCUCAUGGAGGAUACCGAAAGAUCUUGGGCCUUGAAGGAGAUGCUAGUUAUCUCACCACUGAGAUGUCUACAUGGGAUGGAGUGAUUGUCACCCCAUCUGAAAAAGCUUAUGAGAAACCCCCAGAGCGCAAGGAAGAGGAGGAUGAGGCGUUGGAGGAAGGCGGAGAGGGGGAAGAUGAAAGCAUGGAGACCCAGGAGUAAUGCAGUGGUCUCUGACGUUUUGGCUUGGUCAUUUUAUUUAUGUUUGUUUUUAUUAAGAGAUCUGCGUCUCAUAUCUAUAAGUUUUACCCAGAGGUCCCCUGCAUAUCUACAUUUGGGUUCUGUACAUCAGUCUGCACUUCCUGGAGUUAAAGCCAUGGUAGUAAACAGCGAAAAGCUAUAACAAGGACCAAAAGACAAGGGCUCAUUAUUCUAUCUUCUAACCUCAGCUCAUUCUGAUAUGGUUAUGUCUAGGAAAAGGACUGAAAAUCACUUUUAAUUUGGUUUCAUUUUUUUUUUUUUUUUUCAAUUUGUAUUUUUAUCACUGAU